UAUAGACACAAAUACAGAUUUAAUACAGUAUAAUAUGGAUUUAUUGAUAUAUUCAGAUGCAGCUUAUAGUUCAGUUAUAGCUUCUCUCUGGAGAUCUAAAUUAUGUCAGUUAUGAAGGGAUUUGUAAAAUCAUGUUUGUGUGCGUUUACUAAACAGUGUUUGUACUGUAAAUCUGAUAUUUCUGUAAAAUAGCACACAACACAUCACAGCAGCUGUUCAUUUAGAGGCAGCAGGUCACGUUUUGAAUGCUGACAGAAAAGGUAAUUUUUAUUUGUAGAGUUGACACGUGUAUAAAAAUGUAUAGACGUGUAUUGUAGUCGAUUUAAUAGUGGUUUUAUCUUAUCCAGCAUGUAGAUCCUUAGGGAGGUUCAGUAUCAGUGUUGUGUGAUGUGUCUGCAGACGUGAAGAAGAAACAGAAGAAGAAGAAGAAGCAGGAGGAGGAGGAGCGGACAGCUGAGGAGGAAGAGGAGCUGGAGAAACAAAAGGCGGAGAUGGCUCUGCUGAUGGAGGACGACGGCGACGACGCCAAACACAAACACUUCAACUACGACAAGAUCGUGGAGCAGCAGAACCUGAGCAAAAAGAAGAGGAAGAAGCUGCUGAAGAAGGGCGAGGAGUCGCUGCAGGACGACGACUUCCAGGUGGAUGUUAAAGACCCUCGUUUCCAGGCCAUGUUCACCUCCCACCUGUUCAACCUGGACCCAUCCCACCCCAGCUACAAGAGGACUAAAGCCACGCAGAGCAUCCUGACCGAGAAGCAGCGCAGACGAGAGGAGCAGCAGCAGCGCCGGAUGGAGGUCACGCCCACACGGGGCGAGGCAGCCGCCGGUAAACGGGAAAGUGACUCUGACGCUCAGACUGUCGAGGCCACCUCGAAGAAGUCGAUGGACCCCAGCCUGUCUCUGCUCGUCAAGUCGAUUAAAAGCAAAACGGAGCAGUUUCAGGCUCGGAAGAAACCGAAGCUCAUGUAAGUGUGAAUAUAAAAACUCUCCUGACGGACUACGACGCUGGUUCUUCUUAAAAAUCACAGACUGCAAAUGUUUCUUUGUGUUUGUACGGGAACGAUCCCACAUGAGAUGAGGAACUGAACACAUUAUUUUAGUAAAAACUGAAUCCUGCUGCCUCA